AAAAUAAAAGAAUACUUUAGAAAAGCUUGAUAAUUUUCCAAGAUGUCAGCCCCCUGUUCUCAAUUUUGUCUACGUGGUUGAGAUUAUUUACUUUGCAUUCCCCAUUAUAUCGAGUCGUAAAUACACAAUAUUUGACCUCAUAUUUAUUGGAAAAUAACAAUAAAAUCACAAUGUCGAGUAAGAAUUUUGUGAAAAGUUGUCAGGACAACUGGAGAACAGUCAUUCCAUAUGUUCCGCGGUCUGUGGUUUUCCUGGACGGUCCCGCCGCCGAAGCGCUCCACUGGACCUCCGGAGUCGCGACGUUGUUUCAAGCAGGCUGUCAGAACGUGAAAGAAUUCUCAUCGUUCGAGAGUUGUUCCGAAGAUGAAGUGAAGGCAGUAUUCAUCAUCAGUGACCAGAUCACUACCACCACACAAGAGAUCCUAGAGGACAUCAUAUGUGCCAGUCACUUCCAGUACUGUGUCCUGAUCUCAACUCUGCCAGAAUCCCUGCACCAGCAUCUAUCAGGCAGUGCACAGUCAGGUGGUGGAGAAGGGAGUGGUCACAAGUCUCUCUUUCAAGAGCUGGAGGAGAAAAUGAGGGGAUGGAUGAGACACAAAACGACAGUAUAUGAAGCUGAUGUGGUACACAUUCCCCUUUCAGUGGCUUGUGUGUCAUCAAACUUGUUCUUCUUGCCAUCACUCACCAGUUUCUUUCCUCUCUUAGACAUUGAUCUGGUACCCAUAAGGAAUUACAUGCAAGCCAAUGUUGAGAGGAAGCCUCCUGAGAGCCUAUCUGAUGUUGAUAUCAGUAUGCUACCUGAUGAAUUACAACAUGACAUCAAGAUGGUUGUGUCCACCCUGAGUUGCCUAUGUGAGACUCUUGAUGUGAAUGAGGAUAUCUAUUGUCUGGGACCAACUAGUCAACUGAUUGCAGGAGAGUUAGCUCAGCUUAUUUCCGCCAGAGCCAGAAGAAAAGCAGCAAAGAGUCGAGCCAGUAUUCUCUUUGUCGACAGAACACUAGACAUGGUAGCACCCUCAACACAUGGCAGAGAUUCCUUCGCUGAUAGGAUCAUGUCUGCUCUGACCCCUCUUGAAGGCCAUUCUUGUGACGUCGCUGUGGACAUGUCUGCCCUGUGCUCUGCUGGAAGUCAAUACAAUCCUAGCGUUCUGCUGCCUGGUUGCUUGGCACACCCAGCCGAUCAACAGUCACAGGAUCUACUCCAGACUCUCAUCACAUCAAAACAAAAGGAGGGUCUGAUGGAUGUGAAUCGACGAGUCGUAGAGACGAUAACGAGAGAGAAGCUUCCCUUUGAUCCCUCAGCUGCCAAGAUUGGACGCAUCAAUGCUGAUUCACUCCAAUCUCAUCUCAAUCAUUUCAAGAACAAUCCCACAGCCUUCCGCAAUGCUUGCCCUCUGCUUCAAGUAGCCUCUGCCUGUGUACAAACACUCACCAGUCCGAUCCUUUCUCAUUGGGAUGAUUUACAAACUGCAGAGAAAAUGCUCUUACAGAAUGCUGGAGAAGGGAACGGCCCUUCAGUCACCAGUCUUAUCUUGGAUCUUUUACAGAACCAAGUGAAACAGGGCAGGUCUUACUCACUGGAAGAAGUUGUGAAAUUGAUGGUGUAUGGCUACUCACUGAUGGGGGACGAAGCAGGGGCAAGCUUUGAUGAAGAGCGCCAGCUACAGAAACAUAUCAGUCAACUCAUAACGCAAGCACCAUCUGAUUCACAAGUUGUGAGGUUAUUGGUAAAAGAUGAGAGAUCUGAAGCAACAGCACAAAAUGUAGCCAAGGAGAUAAUGUCUAGAGUAAAGUCCAUAGCGAGAUCAAGGAAUUCACUACAAAGAUUCAUGGAUAUAUUCACUCAUGGUACUGCUACGCAUCCGUCGAGCUACUCGCCUCUCGUCAAACAAAUCAUGAAGAGUGUGUUCGAUUCCUCCAAACCUGACCUGGUUGAUAUUGAAUACAAGUCAAGUGGAUUCAGAGACCUCCUCAAAACAGGAUUUAGAUUAUUUAUGAAUGUUGGUAAGCCCCGCCCUAGCGACCAUCCUCUCUUCAUCGUCUUCAUGGUGGGAGGGGUCACAUGUUCAGAGGUCAAACACAUCAAAGAGACGGUAGCAUCCUUGUCACCAAACACUCAGGUGGUUGUUGGGUCGACAAGGAUAUUACGAGAGUCUGAUGUUUUGGACCAUGUCUUUGGACAGAAGCCACUUUCGUACUGAAACGGCCAAAGAUGCAGAGGGUUUGGCUCAACUUAGAAUCAUGAAAAUCAGUGCACGUAUAUGAGACUGCACCAUUGGAUUAUGUCACUGGUACCUGUGAACCAUAUCAUCCUGUCUGUUCAGGAUCCCGUUGCAGAAAGAUUUGCAUUCGUAGAGUGUUGUGGCCCUGUGGAUUAAUCUUUGAGAUAACUGAAUAAUAAUUCCCAUUACAGUGAAGAAUUGAUCAGAAGAUCUAGAAUGAGAUGCUAGGAGAACUGCAACGUUUGAAUGAGGUAUCUAAUCACUUUGGUUUCUCUAUGAAGUAAUAACAUGGUGAUAAAUGCAUGGUGGUUCUCAAACUGUUGUCGACCAAUAUCUCAGUAUUCAACAUCGAGUGACUUCACAAAAUAGGAUGCAUUGUUCUAUGAAAUGAAUGAGUUCCAAACCUGUUUUAUUUUGAGUGUCAUAAGGCAUCUGGAUCAUGAUGAAUCCCCAGUGCCAUUAGAUGAAUUAAGAUAGAUGGGUCAAAUCAAAGAGUUUUGAUGAGACGGAGUAACAUAAGACACAUUCACUUUGAAGCCACUACAUUUGAUGCCGCAGUGAAAAGAUAUGUCAGACAUAUUCUUCAUUGAAUUUUUCUUGCCGAUUGUAGACAAAAGAUUCCUACCUGACUAUAAACCUAGUGGCCAGUUCCAAAGGCAAAUAUAUGCUUUUGUAAUAAUAAUUACUCUUUGCUACCUCUAAUUGGAGAAUGUGAGCAGACACACUGGGUAUUUUUAAAGGGCAAGCAAAAAUAAAUGUGGCAUUAUUCCUUGAGGUAUGAUUUAAAAUUACUUAUAACAGCUGUAAGCUCUGACACAAAUAUUCCAACAACUUCAUUUUCAAUUAUAUAUGUUGGAGUGCUGUGUAAGUCUGAAAUUAUUAAAUUCAAAUUUUCAAGCCAUGCGCACUCUACACGAUCCAUUGCGACACGAUUUUCAAAGAAAUUGUAAUAGCAUGUGAUAUGAACAUGCCAAUCUAUAACAUCUUAGCCAUCAAGUUCCAAAUAGUUGAAUAAAAUACUGAAAUCGAAAUUCCAGUCUGCAUGUACUUCAAGCCACCCUGCAGAAAUAAAAGCAAAUUCGAUUCCAAAUCGUAAUAAUGUCAUCUUCAAGAUAGGCUGCAGAGCCCUUUGAAGAUUACAGCAGAUAAUGAUGAUGAUGUCGCCUUGUGCUGCGACUCUAAGCUGAUUUUGACUUUAAUACGGACACAAGGUUUGCAGCAAAGAAGAAUUCUGAUUUUAGUAUUCAAUGCAUUGUGCUGAACUUCAAAUGACGCAGUUUUACCUCUUGGAACUUAUUUUAAUUCAAAAUGCAAUUUGUUCAGAAAUGGUGUUAUAUCAGAUUGAGAAGUGUGCAGAGGGCUUUAAGGUCUUUUCUAACAGUAAAUCUGAUUCAGGUCACCAUGUCCCAAUUAAUGUACAUGUAUAUUAAAACUGUUUUGUUUAGAAUUUGGAUUUCCAUUUUUUAACCUAGACAUAUGGAAGUUGUUUGGUAUUAACAGUCCUUUUACAAUUUAAAAAACAAACAAUUUACUAUACCCCUGCCAUACAAAGUUUUAAUGUGGCUGGGUGUGUACUGUGUAGGAAUUUUGUAUGGUUGGAUGGAUAGUUGAGCAGUCCAGCGGGAUGAUCAGUUGCAAAUAUUCAGGACCAAACUACUUCCUCAAGUUUUGCCCAAUGCUUGUGAGAUGAUACAUAUAUUUCGUUGCCAAAUCCACGAAGUGGAUAGACCAUGACCAGAGAAUACUAAAACUGAAAGAAACUAAAAAUUGACUUUUCACAUUAUUUUGGGACGUUGUGCCACUUCAUGGAUUCAGCGACGAUUUGUCAAGGAGUAAAGGCUUGCAAGACACAUUAUUGAAUGUGUCAAAACUGUGUUGAAAUGGUAAUGGUAUGUAAUGGCAAUAAGGCUGUUUUCAUGGGGUGGGGUACAUGCUAGUAUGAGAAAUUAAUCACCUUCAGGCUUCAGUAAUAUUUCUAGCUCCCUCUCUUUUUUUAUCAAUCAUGUAAGGAAAUGAUCCUUUUCUGUGGUCCAGGGGCCCAUUGCAGAAAGAGUUGCAAUCAAACGCAACUUUAAAAAUCAUGCGCAACUUGAUUUUCAACCA